AUGCCCUCGGCCGCAACCACAAACGCCCCUCCUCCCCGGCACGACGACCUAGACAACUACGGCGUCGACGCCCCCCUCUUCUCCGACGACGACGACGACCCCUUCGCCUCGCCGCCGCCCACCACCACCAAGUCCAGGAAACGCACCGAAGCCGACGCCGGCCUCGGCAUCGACGAGCAAGUCGAGGUCCAGAAGCGCGCCCGCGUCCCCAACGUCAAGCUCGACGAGGACCGCCUGCUCGGCCCCGCCGGCGUCCCCAAGCUGCGCGAGCGCGCCCGCAACCUUCGCCUCAAGGGCAAGGGCCACGAGUUCUCGGACGCCUCGCGCCUGCUCUCCCUUUACCAGCUCUGGCUCGAUGACCUCUUCCCCAAGGCCAGGUUUCUCGACGCCCUCGUCAUGGUCGAGAAGACGGGCCACAAGAAGCGCGUCAUGGCGGCGCGAAAGGACUGGAUCGACGAGGGCAAGCCCAAGCCCGCCGAAAACGAUCGUGACGAGGAGGAGGAAGAGGUCGCCAACGAAGACGCCCGGAACCCGCUGCAAGAGUCUACUGGCGGUCCAGCCGAGUCAAGUCCUCGGCCGCGCACGCCAGCGCCGGACCCGGGUGUUCCUGACGACGACGAUCUAUACGAUGCCACACCCCGGGCGCCUGCUCGCAGCGCUGAUAUGCUCGACAACGCGGAUGACCUCGACGCCCUCAUCGGGGAGGCGGAACAAGCUGACAGUCAUCCGCUCCCGCCACUGCGAGCACGGCCCUCGAAUGCGGAAUCCGAGGAGGAUGAUCUCGACGCCUUAAUCGCCGAGGCAGAGGGACUCGAUCACGGAGGUGGCAAACAUUCAAGUAUUCCGCCCGGUGACCGCCAGACCAAUGACUUUGCCGAUGAGGAGGCAAUUAUGGCGGAAAUGGCAGGGUAG